AUGCUCGAAAACAAACAAAUAGAAUGCGUGUUAUCGUCAUCACUCUCUGCCACACAAGUCGUCAGUAGUACAACCACGGAAGGUGCAUCAUCAUCAACCAAUGAUAAUCCCAACAAAAGAAAAGGAAUUGCACCCAUCAAGGCCGAGUAUUUGAUUGAAAAGCACCAACAACAAAUCAAUCAUUCAGAGAGUGGUUUCGCAAGUACAACAACAACAUCGGAAGAGCACAGUGUUACAACAUUAACUGCCUCUACCACUUGUUCUUCUUGCACCACAAAUGAAGAAACCAUGCAAACCACUGAUGAAUCGGAAAAGAAGAGAAAAUUACAAGACGAAAACAACAAUUCGAACAAGACAAAGAAAACCAAAAGCUUCCAUAACCGAACACGAGAAGCUCUUAAAAAAGAAAAAAAGGAAAAACAACCUGAAGAGAAUGGAGAAAAUGGAGAACAAGAGGAAGUCUCAUCAGCAGUUCGACCCAAGGAUGAAUAUAACUUUUUGGAUCAUUCCAUUGUCAAGUUGUUGAGAAAGAAGGCUUACAAUUUCCAAAAGGCAGAUGAAAUUACAAAACAUGUGGAAGACUUUGUUAAAAAGGAUGCAAAUGUUCGAUCAAAAGCAAACAACGAAGAAAAUAUGCUUCGACAAAAACAACAACAAAUUGCAAAACAAAAGAUGAUGGAAAGAGGUGAAACUGUAGAAGAAUGUCAAGAAAAAUUCAAUAUUUUAACCUACAAGGAAACGAAAUAUCAUCCAAAAGAGGUUAAAAAAGUUGACUUUAAAGGAAAAACAUAUCUUGCUCCGUUGACAACAGUUGGAAAUUUACCUUUCCGAAGAAUCUGUAAAGAUUUUGGAUGUGAAAUUACAAUUGGUGAAAUGGCUCUUGCACAAGCAAUUUUGAAAGGAGAAAAGGGUGACAUUUCACUAUUGAGAAGACAUGAAUCUGAGAAAAUUUUUGGUGUUCAAUUAGCAGGAAAGGACACAUUGACAAUGACUAGAGUUGCACAACUUAUUGACGAGCAAUUUCCACACAUUGAUUUUGUGGAUGUCAAUUGUGGAUGUCCUGUGAAUUCUUUGUGUUCUCAAGGAAUGGGUGCUGGUAUGAUGGAAAAGAGAACAAAAUUAAUGGGAAUUGUAAGAGGUAUGAAAGAAGUAUUGAGCAUUCCUGUUUCUGUCAAGAUGAGAACUGGUACUAAAACAGGAAAGAAUUUUGCUCACAAAUUAAUGGCAGAUUUGUGUGAAUGCGGAGUAGACUCGUUGACAUUGCAUGGUAGAAGUAGAGAAAUGAGAUACACUAAGGAGGCUGAUUACGACUAUAUUUAUGAUUGUGCCCGAGUUGUGAACACUUAUUCACAACAAUCAGGUCGAAAAGUCUCAAUCAUUGGAAAUGGAGACAUUUAUUCGUAUCAAGACUGGUAUGCUCAUGUUGACAAGGUUGAUACACUCAUGAUUGGUCGUGGAGCACUUAUCAAACCAUGGAUUUUUAAGGAAAUUGAAAUGCAGCAAACUCUUGAUGUGACAGCAUCCGAAAGAUUGGAAAUGUUAAAAACUUUUGUUAAAUAUGGGUUGGAUCAUUAUGGAGCAGAUGAAAUAGGCAUUAGCAAAACUCGUCGAUUCUUGCUGGAGUGGCUUUCAUUCCUCUGUAGAUACAUUCCUGUUGGACUAUUAGAACGUCUUCCAAUUAAGCUCAAUGAAAGACCUCUUCCAUAUGUUGGCAGAAAUGAAUUGGAGACACUCAUGGCAUCCUCUAACUGCAAAGAUUGGAUCAAAUUGACCGAACUAGCUGGAUUACCAAAGGUUGGAGAUGAUUUUGUCUUUAUCCCAAAGCAUAAAAGCAACAGCUAUGAAGAUGGUGAUACCAAUGGCUAA